UAUGAUCACUUUCAAUUAUUACAACUACCUCCCUCCAACUGCUACCAUGCAUGACUUUAAAACUCGUUUGGUAUUAGGGAUAAAUGAUAACUAAUUUCGAUAAUCAAUUUUAGAACGAGUUUAUCUCAGUUAUCUGAUUAUGCACAAAUCUAAUAAACAAUUCUUAACAUCCAUGUGGCUAUAAAAUGUUUGAGACUUGGUAAUAUUAAAUAUAACAUAUCAUUAAUAGUAAAAACAGAAGGUCUAACUUAAAAUAUUUUUGACUCGAGAAUAUGUGAUUCUCUUUGAAACGGACUAAUAAGGAAAUAUUAUGCAAUAUGAGUAGUAGUUCUUCUAUAAAAGCUCAACAAGAGCACCCCAAUCAUCAUCUAUUUUUUUUUAAAAAAAAUGUCUAACUACUUCCUCAUUUCCCUUCUCACCCUCUCUCUCUUCCUGGUGGUUACCACCAUUGAGUCGGCGGAGCUGUUUGUCCCCGCCGGCUGUCCUUUGCCUGACCAUAACCUUAAUUACCGGCCAGUCAUCGGGAUUAUCAGUCAUCCCGGUGACGGAGACUCCGGUCGAAUAAAUAAUUCGACCGGAGUGUCCUACAUUGCUGCUUCGUAUGUGAAGUUAGUUGAAUCAGGGGGUGCUAGGGUCAUUCCACUUCUUUUUGAUGAUUCACCUCAACUUCUCAAUCAAAAACUCAACCUAGUAAAUGGAGUGAUUUUCCCAGGAGGGUGGGCUAAGAAAGGACACUAUUUUGAGACUAUCAAAGCAAUUUUUGGGAAAGUUUUGGAGAAGAAUGAUGCCGGAGAACAUUUCCCUCUCCUUGCCAUCAACCAUGGAUUUGAGCUUUUGAUGAUGAUCGUAUCCAAGGACAACAACAUUCUUGAGAAAUUCAGUGUAUCAAAUCAGGCAACCAAACUUCAUUUUGUGGAAACUGUAAAUAUUGAAGAUACAAUAUUUGGGAGGUUCCCACCUACAUUAGUAAAGAAGUUGAGUAAAGAAUGUCUUGUGCUACAAAGUCAUAAGUAUGGUUUAUCACCAGAAAAAUUUCAAGCAAAUGAUGAUCUAUCUAGCUUUUUCAUUAUGUUGACUACUAGCACGGACACACGCAACAAGGUCUAUGUCUCUACUCUUAAAGCAGAGAACUAUCCCAUAACUGCUUUACAGUGGCACCCAGAGGUAAAUCAUAUGGUACAGAGGCGACUCAAUAGAAUGGGUGACCUAAAGCCAAAACUGAAACCAGUGAUAAUUGGAGUUGUAAAAUUCACGAAGACUCUAGUUUAACAAUUACAGAUAUUGGUAGUGUUUUCAUUCAUUCGACGAUUGUAUUUAUGGUUGAAAUCCUUCACUUCUAAUGUAUUA